AGAACUAGAUCCACUGGAUUCUCCUUCUUCUUCUUUUCUAGACUGAGGGCGAUAAAGAGGCGAUUUCCACCUCGAAGAUUCCCGAUUGGAACUGUAGGGCGAGAGUUGGAGGAGGGAGGGAAAGAGGGUUUUCAGAGAGGAAGAGACUGAGAAGAAAAUCGCCGCUUUCCAAACCGGAAUACGCCGACCACCAUCAAACGCUGCCGUCAUUUCUAAUUGCAUCAACUCUAGUCACAGCCCUCGCCCUCUUUUCUCGAAGUUACAUUGCUAAUUUCACCUGUAAUUCAGGAUGGGGGAACUGAAAGUUGAAAAGCACAUCCGUUAUAUUUUAUCAGUUGAAAAGAAGAAAGAUGGUUUUGAGUCUGUUAUAAUGGAACAUAUACGACUUAAUGGAGCAUAUUGGGGAUUGACCACUUUGGAUCUUUUAGGGAAACUUGAUGUAGCUGACACUGAGGAAGUUGUUACAUGGAUUAUGAAGUGUCAACAUGAAUCUGGUGGUUUUGGUGGCAAUGUAGGACAUGACCCUCAUCUGUUGUAUACUCUUAGUGCCAUUCAAGUUCUAGCACUUUUUGACAGGGUGAAUAUACUUGAUGUUGACAAGAUCUCCAAUUACAUAGCUAGUUUGCAGAAUGAAGAUGGAUCUUUUUCAGGGGAUAUAUGGGGUGAAGUUGAUACAAGGUUCUCUUACAUUGCCAUAUGUUCCCUAGCCUUAUUACAUCGUAUGGAUAAAAUCAAUGUGGGUAAAGCUGUUGAAUAUAUUGUAAGCUGCAAGAACCUUGAUGGUGGAUUUGGAUGCACACCUGGUGCUGAGUCUCAUGCAGGCCAAAUUUUUUGCUGUGUGGCCGCUCUUGCUAUUACUGGUUCUCUGCAUCAUAUUGACAAAGACCUCCUCGGUUGGUGGUUAUGUGAGCGACAAGUUAAAUCUGGAGGUCUAAAUGGGCGACCAGAGAAACUUCCUGAUGUCUGCUAUUCGUGGUGGGUCCUUUCAAGCUUGAUCAUGAUUGAUCGAGUUCACUGGAUAGACAAGGAAAAGCUCAAGAAUUAUAUUUUGGACUGUCAGGACAAAGAAAAUGGAGGAAUUUCAGAUAGACCAGAUGAUGCUGUUGAUGUCUUCCAUACCUUUUUUGGAGUUGCCGGUCUUUCGUUUCUCGAAUAUCCGGGUGUUAAAGCUAUAGAUCCUGCUUAUGCUCUGCCUAUUGAUGUUGUGAACAGAAUCUUUCUUUAGAAGAAUAAUAAACUAUGCAUCAUUCUUCGAACGAUGAAUUUGGUCUGGUAAAAAGGUAACUAAUUGUUUUACAGUUAUAAAAUAUAUGGCACCCAUUUAGUUUCUAUUUGAUUUGGUGGGAUAUUGUAGUUUUUCAUAAGUUUGGUAAUGGUAACUAUUUCUUGUAUUACUAAUUGCACACUUAAUUGUUCCAAUACAAGUAUUAUGUUGAGUUUCUAUUUGAUGAAAAGAAAAUAAUAGAAGUUAAAUGUUAGUUCU